AUGGCAAGUGAGACAAUAGUGGAGAACUCGUAUACUCAGGACAGUCACGAAGCUGAUGAAGGUUGGGAAAACAUCCCACCUCAAGACUCUGCAGGAGAUGAGACAUCAGAGCCCAAAGUCCAAGUAGGAGAUGUGCUUGAAUAUUCCUCCACACAGCCAUGUGGAGAAAAUCAGCCUUCCUCUCGUACCUGCACCUUUUCCACCCCAGCUCCAGCAAGUGCCAAAGGAGGAGUAAGGGUAAAGUCGAGGCUCUCUGGCCUCCCAUCUGCUCUAACACCGAUUUUAAAAUACUUAAAAAUUGGCAAUAAAUGUCAAUCUCCUGAGUCUACCAGUAGCCAUUCUGGACGACCACUGGGUGAAAUAAAUGCUCCUGUGCGCUUUCUGGAGGAUGAAUACUUGCCAGAAAUCACUCUCCUUGACGUCACCUGUGAUACGACAAUGCAAGUGACCAGGAAUGAUUCAGCUCUGCCUGACAGCGUUCCUGCCACACCUGUAACAACCCGGUCUGUAUGCUCCUCAUUCCCCUCUGUGCAACCCCCCAAGUUAAAUGGUUCUACCACUCCGCAACCCUUCAAGGUAAAUGCUUCUAACAGUUCAAACAUAACCGCUCAGACACCCACUGUCAAAACAGAUGACUACCCUGAGAGUGCUUUUACUCCGUUGCGUUGGCUGGAUGACAAAUACUUCCCAGAAAUUACUCUGCUGGAUGUUACACGAGAUUCAGAAGUAUCACCAGGAGCGGAAAGAUCCUCCAUGAAUGUCACGCUGGACAUUCCACCAUCAGAUGCUCCGAAUGAGGCUUCUUCAGAGCUCAGAGGAGAGUCUGUGGCAGAGCCUGGCACACUGGACAUCAAUAAAACUGAGGACCUGUCAAGUACUCUGGAGGGUAACGCCACACAUACCAUUGGCUCCUCCAGUGAACAGUCUUCUUUGAACAACACUUCUACUGUUGCCCAGCCUGCCAACCUGACUUCUUCAAUCAACUCAAGCAGUACGUCUCAGACACCUCAAAAUAAAACCCUGGAUCUUCCUGCAAUUGAUGUAGAUGUACCCAAAGAACAGAGUGAGAUAAAAGAUAUGUCUGUUUCACUCUCAGGGAAUACAUCUGAAAACUCUACUGUGCCGAGUUCCUCAGCUCUUAAACCCGGUGGUUCAUGUGACGCCUGGAAUGCCACUUUUGACAGGAAUUCUCUUCAGAAAUCCAGCGGCAACUCGGGACUCGAGGAAGCUGCAGCUGCAACCCUUUGCCUUCAGAACAACACUUUUGAUACCAGACCUACUCCUCAGCAGAACGGCACAAUAACUCUGUCGGAAACAAGCUCCAGCGACUCCCACCACAACACUGGGAACCAGACACCUGCCGCUAAGAUUUGUGAUGCAACAAGUGGCCCUAACCACACCCUUCCUGAAGUUCUGCUUUCUGAAGUUUCCAAACAUAAUGAGUCAACAGCUAGUAAAGAUCCAAAUGCCAAGAUGGCUAACACGUUUGAAGUUGAUCCAGUUGUACAGAAAACCUUUGAAACUGGUCAAAGUGAGACAAAAAGUGAGACAAAGGAUCCCUCUCAAUUAGGUCUACCCAUGGCAGACAGUCUUUCUGACAUUUCUACCCAUCUUAAAGGAGAUUUAGAGAGCAACAAAGCAAGCUCAUUUGACCUAGAUGGCACCCUAGAUUUAGCAGCAGACGCUUUGAUAACUUCAACACCGAUGCCAAACAGUAAUAUGUUCAACCUCAACAGUGAAAGAGAGACUAGCAAAAUCGUUGGAGUAACAAAGAAGCUGUAUGGGGAUGCUCCCUGUAAACCUGAUGAUCAUGUAACAUCAGAGAUUCCCUCAAACAUAGUUUGUGACAGAAAAACAUUCCUGACCAAACCUGCUGCUAAAUCCCUCCUGCCCUCGUUGGAUCCUGCCUCUAACCUGCUGAAGUACAAGUUCGCCUCCACACUGACGUCAGGCCUUCCCAUGACAAGACAAAGAACCCAAGCUGAAGCUCUGAGAAGUACCGCUACUUCUGAUGCACCUCAAGUGGUAUGGUUUCAAUGAUAAUGGUUUUUUUGUUUUUAAUUCUCCAAGCAGCUUUUGCAGUGUCAUCUAUUCAUUCUGCUUUUUUUGAGUGAUUAAAGAAUAGCACUGACAGUGUGUUGUUGAUAUCCUUUGUUUCUAUUUAAGCCUGCGGAAACAACAAGCUCCUACAACUUACGGGCAACAACAACAGGUGGGGCAGCUUGUUCUGUGCCUUACAAUGGAGUAAUUCUUGAGUUAUUUAAAAUAUUAUAUACUGAAAAAAAGAGUAAGGUUUUUUUUUAGCUCUGCAAAGUGAUUGUACUUAAAUAGGUUUCCAUUGGCAGCAUACAUACAAUAUGAUCAUCAUAGAAAACACAUGAACCACAGUUUGAAAUAGCUCACAAAACAAUUGUAAAGUGAGUGUGUGUGUGUUUGUGGUGUCCUUCAUACAAUGUCUUCUCUCUCUGCUGAUGACAGGAUCCAAGCAGCCCUUCACCGGCUUGCGGAAACCACAGAAGAGUGGUCUACCGUCAGGCAUUCAGAGACCUGCAAUGGGUCUCAGGCCCCCGUCUGCAAGAAGCAAUGCACCGACAUCCUCUUCAAGCACUGACAAACUGCGGGCACCAUUAGGUACUCAUGUUAUGAUCUAACUAUCAAUGCUCUGGCUGUUUAUUUUGAUAUUCAGCCACAAAUUUGUAAAACAACUUCCCCUCGUUUUGAGAGCCCAAGGCCAGAUAUGAUCACAUGUACAUGUCUGAUAUAUAUAUGUGGAAAUGUUUAUGAGUCAUGAUCAUGAAACAGUGAACAAACAAAAGCAGUACAUAUCAAAUAAAGUGACAAUACCUGUAAAGAUUAAUGUAAAUUUAAAUGUCAACAAAUGGUAUACUGUAUCCAGCAAAAGUUUGUCUAAGUGACAACAUGUAUACCAGUAGAAGAAACAUGUAUAAAGAUCACAGCUCAUGUUUUUUUAGGCUCUGACACUCCCUUCUCAUCUCUCUUUGUUCAUUCUGGUUUAAAAGAAAGUAAAUGAAGGGUGAAAAGAAGUUUAUUUUAAAGCAUCAAGUGACUAAUAACCCUCGGCAACACCAGAUAGGCACAGAAAUAAAACCUCGAAAGGAUUAUUUGACCUUCGUUUCAAUUUAUUACUAUUGACCCAGAUUGUGGGUUUCAUAACCCCACUGACAUUGGAACAGCAGUAUGACAUAAGUGAUUUUGCUAAGUGUUUGAUUGGUUUACGAUUAUCAAAUUUCCCCUUAGGGAUAAAUUAAGUUCUUAUCUUAUCUUAAUGUAUCCAGUGCUGUCUUAACACUGAUUUGAGUUUUUGAUAAUUUCUGUUUUCUAAAACAAGGUAAAAUCAUUUCAAUGUAAUUCUUUGUUUUGUUUCCUGCUCUACAAACAGCUUCCAACCCAGUGACCAAGAUUUCACAGGCAAAGAAGCACCCCUUAAACAAAGCUGAAGCUUUGCCAGGCGCAAAGAAGAGGAAAGUUGGUAAAUGUUGAGUUUUUGCAAUUCGCCGUUUUCAGACUUUUAUUAUGACAUGUUUAGUAUUUGUUUCACACUCUAAUCUCACACUUUCAGAUGCUUUAGUACCAUCUAAAAUUGCUGAAGCCUCCACUUCCUCUUGUGAUGCUGCAAAUAAAGCCAAAAACCUGAAACAGCCUGCAACCAGUCAGAGAGUUUUGCCAGCUAAGACCCACAAAAAAGGUGUGUUGGGAUGGUAUUAUACUGUUCUGUUUAAGCCAAACAGAGAUUUCAUUAUUCACUCGAUUGUUACAUGUUUUGCUCUUCAUGACGUACCUCUAGAUGCAGCAGCCAGUCAGCCAGCGGAGAGCUCAACAUCUUGUGAUGCUGUCAGCAGAGCCAGAGUCCUGAAACAGCCCGCAACCAGUCACAGAGCUCUGAUAGUUAAACCUCAAGCGCACAGUAAGUAAGGAAUGCACAGCUCGGGUAUUCAAAGGGUUAUAUUUAAACCUUUCAUAUAAGAUUCUACUAUCUACUGCAUGUGUAUCUGGAUGUACCUAAAAGAAGAACCCAUAUGUAUGAAAAUAGCAAUACCAGAAAUUGUUUGAGUGCUCAAGAUUUGAAGGAAAACCAGAAAGUGUGGGUUAUGUCAGGCCAUGUCAAGUAUUUUGAAAUCUGGAAGUUGGUGUCUGUAAGAUCUUUUCACAAGUGACAAGCCUUAACUUCAGGUUCAAACAUUAAUCAUUAUGUGCUGAGAUGUGGUCACGCAGUCCACAUACGGAGGUCGUCUGGGAGGCACUUGUCCACCUUGUUCCAAUGCUGUGGAUACCUGUGUGUGUGAUUGGCCACAUUAAGGACUGCACUCUUUCCCCAGCUUACAUUUACAGACACAGCGCCCUUUAACGGUGUUCAUUCGCAUUUGAGAUGAAAUCAUGAAUCUGAUCUUGUUCUUUGUAACUUAAUGAUUGAAAUACGUUACAGGUUGUGCCAACUGUGCUGCACUUGAACAGCAACUCAAAAUGAAAUCAGAAGAAAUACAGAGACUGAAAGAAGGUAUGACGUCACUGGUUUUAGUGUAAUGAGUCUAUUGAAAUUAUAUUUCUGUCUGUUGAGGAUAUAUUGUCAUUGCUGUCACGUAGUUCGAUACACUUAAGUUUCAGAGAUAUCAAAAUUUGCACUUUGAUGCAUCUUUGGUGUGGUAUAACUGUCAAAAUUACAGUUUUAUUCAUUUCAAAAAUGUGUAUUAGUGAGUUUAAAUAAAUCUUUUUUUUUUUUUUUUCAGAGCUGCAGAAGUUCCACAAAGACAAAGAAGACUGUUAG